CUGACAAACCCUGACACCCCUGACAAACCCGAUGCCAUGCAGACAAGAGUGCUUGAUGAGUGCACCAUGCCGUUUGUCCUGGAUGAUGCAGGGAGAACGACGGAAGAGCGAAAGAAGCUAGUAGAUCUCCUACUGGACAUAUUCAAUGGGGGAGGCAUUGCCAACUGUAACAGAGUUAGCAAAAGCACAACAUCGCCAAUAAUCACAAUGAAUGAUUGGAUAUUGGCUGACUUAUAUAUUGAUAGAGCUGUCAUUUCAAGAGCCACCCUUAUUCCAUUUGUGAAAGUUACAAGAAAUCCUGUGGACAUUCAGGGGGGAUUUGAGAAGGAACUGGAUGAAGCAAUGAAAAAUGCAUCCCAGUCUAUUGGUCAAUUGAUAAAAUUUGGGGAAGAACUGAGACAUAGCGAGAACUACUUUCAAACAGAUUUGGUGCCAUUUUUGCAACAAAUGAUUAGUGAUGACAGGCUUCUACAAACCUAUGGCAUAUCUCUAUUUGCUGCAGAAAAGGUACUUGAAUUUGCUGAAUACCCUGAGGAAACUACCAAUCUCAGGAAGUACUUUAGAGAAGUCAUCUGUCCAUUUGGCAUUCUGCCAUACCAAGCUGGCGAGGAAUGCUGUGGAACCAAUCAUCUGAUGUUCUUGGAACAAGCGUUACAAGUUUUAUCAGAGUGGAGCCCUGAAAAGGUCAAAACCAUUCUCAUAUCAAACUCCAACUGGAAAAACAAACAAGAUAUGGUGCCAGCAAUUGCCAUCAGACUGAAGGAAUGCCUGGAUGAACUUGCCAAAGGACAAUACAAACAUCUACCAGAGAGUGUGAUCAGAAAAGGCAUCAGAGAGUUUGACCUUGGGGCAACAACAAAUACGUCACAAUGGUUUCUCAAACGAGAUGCAACUUGUGGGUAUACAGUACAAUACAAAGAUGAAACAGCGAAUGAUGAAACACGAAAGUCCAGCAAGCACUGAGACAGUGGAGGAACAACACAGCACUCAUGACACAGUGGAGGAACAACACAGCACUUGUAAUGUGCCACUAAGGCUAUAAAACUGUUCCACAAAGGAUACAAACUACACAACACACUAGUCGCUUGAACACACGUUUACUCAACGUUCUUGUCACGUGAUUACACAGGUAACCCGAAACACUACAUUCCCUCCUUUUCUUCAAAGGAAUGCAUAUGACAAAAUUACAUCAUGGUUUCCAAUAUAACUAAAACAUAAUCAAUGUUAAUAUCAAGAGUUCAAUGUUUCAUGGUAAUAAUAAGGAUAUCAAAGUUCAGUGUUCCAUAGUAAUAAAGGUAUCAAUAACAACAGUUCAAAAAGUUCCCUUGAUUCCUUGGUAUAAGUAUCUUCUAUUUCAUAACAAAGUCUUUAAAAUGGUCUGGAGUCUUGGUGACUCUUUCUGAUCUUCUGCUUGGUGCAGGUACAGGUUGACUAUCCUCACUUGGACUUUGGUUUGCCAUCUCUUGGCUUUCCUUGGGACUCAACGACUGUGGCUCUGCAGUAGGUUGAUGGUCUUGUUCAUCCCCCCGUUGGUAUUUCUACAGGUGUUUCAAUUGGUUCAGCUUGGUUGGGUUGAUUGUAUUUCUUAACAUGACCAAUGUUCCUCUUGCAGAUAACCCCUUGAGGUGAACACAAGUGAAGCUGGUCUCCAUACCGGGCUGUAAUUUUGUAUGGAUUCUCUUCAUAAGCUGGUGUUAACUUAUUUUCCUUCCUCUUCUCCAAAAGAACAAGGUCACCUGUUUGUAGUUCUCCAACUUGAAAGGGUCUGUUUCUCUUGUCUACAUGAUCAGCAAUUGCUU